AUGACGCUGAAUAAAAGAGCAAGGGUCCAAUCCCCGCUCGAAGACCCCCGAGAGGGAAAAAAGCCGGCUCCCCGCCCCGAACCAAGGGAAUCCACCGUCGACUUACCGCUAAUCAAAGGCAAGCCCGACCAAACAAUCAAGAUCGGGUCGGAACUACCCGAAGCGGAGCAACAGCAGCUCGUCGGCCUUCUGCAAACCAACGCCGACAUCUUCGCUUGGACGCCAUCGGACCUAAUAGGAGUCCACCCAGAAGUCGCGCUGCACCACCUAAACAUCUCGUCCGAUGCCCGCCCGGUGAAACAAAGGCCUAGGCGGCAGGCCCCAGAUCGGCAACUUGCCAUUCGAGAAGAGGUAAACCGACUUCUGGCGGCCGGUUUCAUAGAAGAAGCCAGUCUCAACAAUGCUUGUCCGAAAGACUGCUAUCCCCUACCGAAGAUCGACCAGCUAGUCGACGCCACAGCCGGCCACGCCCGUCUCUCGUUUAUGGAUGCCUUCUCGGGGUACAACCAAAUCAGGAUGGCGCCCGAAGACCAAGAACACAUAGCCUUCCUCACCGAGCAAGGGGUAUACUUUUACAAAGUCAUGCCGUUCGGGCUGAAAAACGCCGGGGCCACAUACCAGAGGACGGUGAACAGGAUGUUUGCCCAUCAGAUUGGACGAAACGUGGAGAUAUAUGUCGACGACAUGAUCGUGAAAAGCCGAACAGCCGAGACUUAUUCCUCCGACUUGGCUGAAACAUUCGACACCCUGCGAAGGUUCGGCCUGCGCCUCAACCCUGCCAAGUGCGCCUUCGGCGUAACCUCGGGGAAAUUCCUCGGAUUCAUCAUACACGAGAGAGGGAUUGACGCCAACCCGGAAAAGGUCCAGGCUAUCAUUGACAUGCAGCCCCCUCGGACGAUCAGAGACCUGCAACGCCUUAACGGGAGGUUAGUCGCCCUAUCACGCUUCCUUUCCCAAUCGGGAGAUCGCUGCCUCCCCUUCUUCAAGGCCUUGAAGGAUCCAAAAAACUUCCAAUGGACGGCGGAAUGUGAAAGGGCCUUCGAGCAGAUGAAGCAACACCUGGCCAACCUCCCCCGACUCGUGUCAGUCUCCCCAGGGGAGAAAUUGGGCCUCUACCUCGCCGCCUCUCAGCACACGGUCAGCUCGGUUCUGGUCAAGGAAAACUCCGGCGACCAACUGCCGGUCUACUAUGUCAGCCACAUGCUAAGCGGACCAGAGGGACGCUACCCGCCAAUCGAAAAGCUGGCACUGGCGCUCGUCCUGUCAGCACGAAAGCUCCGCCCUUAUUUCCAGGCCCACCCGAUAGAGGUAAUAACCGACCGGCCGCUUCGGCUUGUUUUGUCUAAAUUCGAUGUUGCAGGGCGUCUCCAAAAAUGGGCGGUGGAGCUAGGCGAGCACGACAUACGGUACAUACCUCGGACCGCCGUUAAAGCCCAGUCUGUGGCAGACUUUAUCGCGGAGCUGACCCCGAGCACAGGCGAAGAACUCGAGCCACCGCGUGAGACGUGGACCCUCCACGUAGACGGGUUGGCCAACGCGAAGGGCGCCGGCGCAGGGCUGGUGCUGGUGACACCUGACGGCCGCUCGAUUGAGCGUUCCUUCCGCUUCGGGUUCAGAGCCACCAAUAACGAAGCAGAAUACGAAGCCCUCCUGGCGGGACUCCAAUUGGCGCUGGAAAUGCGCGUGACCGACAUACGCGUCGUCACCGAUUCACAGCUGGUGGCUAAGCAGCUUGACGGCGGAUACGAAGCCCGGGACCCGACCAUGGCGAAAUAUCUGGCACAGGUAAAAAACCUUGCCACCAAGUUCGCCCAUUUUGAAUUGUCGAAUGUUCCCAGGAGCGAGAACCAACGAGCCGACACUCUGGCAAAGCUGGCAUCCGGUUCGACCCCCCGUGCUCGGCCCGAGACCGAAGAGCUCCCUCACCGAGCCAUUGAGAUCGUCACUACGAUCACGGACGGCGGGCCGGCCACUUGGGUACAGGAGAUGCUACGCUUCAAGCGGGACGGGACCCUACCCGACGAUGAAACAGCGGCUCGACGCUUGCGUCGGACGCAGGCAUGGUACUCUGAAGAAGGAGGACGGUUGUACAAGCGGUCUUUCUCACGCCCCUUGCUACACUGCCUAGAGCCGAACGAAGCCCGGACAGUUCUGUCCGACAUGCAUGAAGGGGCCUGCGGGGAACAUAUUGGCGAACGAGCCCUGGCGCACAAGAUACUCCGACAGGGGUACUAUUGGCCGACCAUGCGCCAGGACGCGAAAGCUUUCGUGCGGCGAUGCAGCUCAUGCCAGGAGCACGCCCGCAUCGCCCGACGGCCGGCGGUCUUGUUCACCCCUGUCGACUGUGCCUGGCCAUUCGCGCAGUGGGGACUGGACAUACUCGGACCUCUCCCGCCCGCCUCCGGGCAGCGGAAGUACAUCAUCGUGGGUGUGGACUACUUUACCAGGUGGGUCGAGGCCAAGCCCCUAGCAACCAUCACGGAGUCACAAGUGGAGAAGUUCGUAUGGAGAAACCUCGUAACUCGGUUUGGUCUGCCCCAGUCCAUCGUCACCGACAAUGGGCCUCAGUUCGCCAGCGGGAAAUUUCAAGAGUUUUGCGCUAAACACAAGAUUUAG